GCGCUGGGGUCUAGGGUGGUGGUAGUCACGCCCACGCCCACAUUUCUUCUAAAAACCAAAAAUGACUUCCAACGAUGUCCCUGCCGCUGUCCAGGAAAUCGAAAUCGGGCCCCACAUGGGCCUUCCUCAAUUGAACACGAUCAAAAACAGUUUGGAACAAGAACUUGCUGUGAUGCAAGAUUCGCUGCAGACACUGAAGGUAGCCCAGCAGAAGUUCCAACAGUCUGCAGAUUGCAUGGAGCGAGUUGAUCCCAACUCGGAAGGCAAAGAAAUCCUCGUGCCUCUGACUGGAUCCAUGUAUGUUUCCGGCAAAGUUUUGGAUUCAAACAAUGCCCUCAUCAAUAUCGGAACUGGGUAUUAUAUUGAAAAGGACAUUGAGGGUGCUAAGGAUUAUUUUGACAGAAAAGUAAAAUUUGUAACAGAGCAAAUGGAGAAGAUUCAAUCGAUUGGAAUUGAAAAAAGCAAAAUUAGAGAUUCUAUUGCUGAUAUGAUGCAAGCAAUGAUGGCACAAAUGCAAAAGCAAGUUGGAACGGCAUCAAGUCAGACGCAAACCUCGUAACCCUUCCUUGUGCACCAACCAGACUUCAGUUCUUGUGAAGUGCAACUCCUAACUGAUCCUCACUUAUCUUGGCACCAAGGUCUGUUUCUUUUCACGAUAUUUGCGUUGUGCUGAUGGAAAUGCGUUGCAAACGUUAAGUUCACACAAAAUGCUAAUUUAUGUUAACGAUCUUAAAAUUUCAAGCUGUUUAAUUACGCUUUGAUAAAAUAAAAUAAGCCAAUAAUUUUCUCAGAAUUACCUUGUAACUUGUUAAACUCCUA